ACGCAGUAAACAGUUCUCCCAAGCAUUUCUUGCUUUGUUUCGGUAGUGUAGUAGGACAGUAGGAAUGUCACAUCCGUACCCGCAUCAUGCUCACUGGCCAUCGAUGCACUCUUCGUCACCAUUCAGCGACGCACUUGCCGCCCGUUCUGCCCGGAACCUCCAGAUGGGUCAAACUGUGGCGUUACAUUCGAACCUUGAUGCUGGUGGACCAGAGUCAUCCCGAAACGAAAAACUAUCUCAAAAGUUACGCCCAGAUAUGCAACGAAAACAAACGGCAGGUGACCGGCUGUCCGUAUGUGAUCCAUCCGUUUAGCCGCUUUCGGAAACGCUGGGACCUAGUGGUGUUCGUGGCGUUGACCAUGCACCUUCUCAUCCUGGUAUUUGACUUCACGUUUCUGAUCUUCAAAAGCGUCGAUUCGUACAAGACGGCCAUCGUGUUCGAUUUGUUCUUGUGUGGGAUUUUGGUAGUCGAGAUUGGAUUGAAGUUCAUUACCGGAUUUGUAGUCGAGGGUACCAACGAGAUCGUGCUAGAACCGAACCGAAUUGCGUUGAAUUAUUUGAAGUGUUGCAAAAUGAUAUACGACUUGGUGGCUGCAUUGCCAUUCAUUCUAGCAUUGGAUUAUUUUGAUCGCAGUUUCUAUACGUACGACACUAACGGUUAUUUACUCUUUAUGAUUUUCUUGUAUGCGGUCAACAUUUUCCGAUUCUACGACAUUUUUCGAUAUUUUCAGAUUUUGCCGAGAUCGUUUCGUGUCAGUGAGAAGAAAAUGUUGAUCAUGAAAGUGGUAAUGAACACAUUUUAUGUGUUACAUUGGAGUGCCUGUCUACGAUAUAUACUUCCACAGUUAGCAAUCGUCGUAGAACCCAACCCAGAGGAUAUUUUUUCUCUUGGGAACUCACUGUUUAAAACUGACAACUUUUCCGUUGGUCACUUUCUGGUGGAUGUGUAUUGGAGGCACUACCGAAAUGAGGACGUCAUCAACUACCCAGUUUCGGAACAACGAACAAUAAUAAAUCCGCCAACGUUCAAACAAUAUUUAAGUUUCUACUACUAUUUCCGGCCAGUGGAUCAACGAAAAUACGAUCAUAGCUUUGUGAUAAUGAAGCUGGACACUCUUCGGAAGGAUUCGUCGAUAUUAGACAACUAUCUAGCUAGUAUGAUGGCCACCAUCAAACUUAGUCUACAUACAGGAAGAGACGAUUGCGCUGGGUUGCAUUUGGUGAAUAACAUGUUGACAACAUUCAUACUGAUCGGCGGAUGGAUUUGGUUCACGUAUAUCAUGCUCAUCAUGAUUCGGACGAUAAUUUCCGCGGAAAUUAGUCAAACGCGGUUUGAGGAGUUUAUCAAUGAGAUUAAAGCAUUUGUGUUUAAUACACGGUUGAGCGAUCUUUUGAAAUGGAAGAUGCUGCGCCAUUUUACUGUUCGAUUCCGUAAAAGUUAUUUCAACGAACAUGCAAUUAUGGAAAUGAUGUCGGAUAAUUUACGACGGAACAUUCGACUGGAAAUUUGUCAAAAUCUUCUAAAGAACGUUGAACUGUUUCAUGACUUACCACUAGCGUUGAUGGAAGACAUUGUCGAUUACCUGCAGUACGAAAUUUAUUUGGAAAAUGACGUCAUUAUAGAGGCUGGGACACGGGGUGAGGCAUUGUACAUGAUUGCAAGUGGUUCUGCUGCCGUCUAUUCACGUGGGGGAACAGAGCUAGGACACUUAAUUGAUGGUGCUCAUUUUGGUGAAAUUUCACUGCUCAGAAAAGAUCAGCGAAGAACGGCUACCAUCAUUGCGCUGGAAGAUUGCGAGGUAUACAAGUUAUCGCACGAUCAUUUUCAGAACUUGAUUCAACCUCAUUCUCCGUUGUUACUAAAAAUGCACAAAUUAGCCGAGGAGAAAACUACGAACGAACAGAAAAAUAGGGAUAAGCUGUCCGAGGAAGAAGUUUACGAUAAUUUUCUGCAAUAAAUUAACCAGACUUAGU